AUGGCUUCGGCGGUGUUUUUCUUAGACCUUAAGGGCAAGAGCAUCCACCAGACCCUUCUUGCCCGCAACUAUCGCGGUGACAUCCCCAUGUCUGCUGUCGAAAAAUUCCCUAUCCUUCUCAGUGAAGCCGAAGAAGAGAGCUCCGCGGUUCCUCCCUGCUUUUCCUCUGAAGGAGUUAAUUACCUUUAUAUCCGACACAGUAACCUGUAUCUCCUUGCUCUUACGAAACGAAACACAAAUGCUGCCGAAAUACUUCUCUUCCUACACAAGAUUGUGGAGGUCUUUACGGAAUACUUCAAGGAAUUGGAGGAGGAGAGUAUUCGAGACAAUUUUGUCAUUAUAUACGAACUGCUGGAUGAAAUGAUGGAUUUUGGCCAUCCACAAACCACGGAGAGCAAGAUAUUACAAGAGUAUGAUUACAUAUCCCACUUUCGGAUAUAUGACUGGCGAGCUGUCACGAAUGCAGUUUCAUGGAGAAGCGAGGGAAUCCGAUACCGCAAAAAUGAAGUAUUCCUUGACGUCGUUGAAUCGUUGAACCUCCUUGUUUCUGCUAGCGGAAACGUGCUUCGAUCAGAAAUAUUGGGUGCUGUGAAGAUGAAAUGCUAUCUCAGUGGUAUGCCAGAACUUCGGCUAGGCUUAAAUGACAAAGUGAUGUUCGAAACAACAGGUCGAGCAACUAGGGGUAAGGCUGUCGAAAUGGAGGAUGUCAAGUUCCACCAAUGCGUACGACUGUCCAGAUUCGAAAACGACAGAACAAUUAGCUUUAUCCCACCAGAUGGUGAAUUCGAGCUAAUGAGCUACCGACUCAACACCCAAGUGAAGCCGCUGAUAUGGGUAGAGUGUCUCGUGGAAUCGCACUCCGGCUCGCGCAUCGAAUAUAUGCUUAAAGCAAAAGCUCAAUUUAAGCGACGUAGCACAGCAAACAACGUGGAGAUUCUCGUUCCCGUACCCGAAGAUGCAGACUCACCGAGAUUCCGGACAAACGUGGGCACAGUUCACUACGCACCCGAGAAAUCCGCCAUUAUAUGGAAAAUCAAACAGUUUGGCGGUGGAAAAGAGUUUUUAAUGCGUGCUGAACUAGGAUUACCGUCCGUUAAGGGUGAUGACGAGCAUGGCGGUGGGAUGACCGGCGGGUUUGGUGGAAGUAUGGGAGGUGCAGGACAAGGCGGAAAAGGGAAGAGGCCUAUCAACGUCAAGUUCGAGAUUCCGUACUUUACAACGAGUGGCAUCCAGGUCCGCUACUUGAAGAUCACAGAGCCAAAGGUACGUCUUCCUCUCUUCAUCUCAACCUCUAUUCUACUCUAUCGACCUCUCUACCUCUCUGGCCGUACCCACAUCUGUGUUACUACAUGCCAUCCACUUGUUGGCUUUGUUCAACAUUCCGUGCCAAGAGCCGAUUGUCAAGCUCCCUGGCCACGUUUGACAUGUUGUACAUUUCCUCGUUCCCGCGCCCCGUGUGUUCCCUCUGUCACAUUUACAUCAAGCCAUGAACUGUGGCUUUUCGUGAUAAAAUGCGUUGCUUUUUCUUUGCUAGCCAAUACUGACUUGAAGUCGCCUCACAAUGAUAACUUUGAAGAGAAAUAUAACGCAGUCUAUGAGUGGUGGAUGCAGUCCAUCCAAGGUAUACCGUCUUUGAAUUAUUUUAUUGACUUGAGUGGAUAUAAACAUAACAGCAUCAGUUACGAGCUGCGUGUAACCGAAAAUCCUACAAACGAGGUAUGCGCUUCUGAUAGCUGCCAAGAUGCAAAAGUUGCAGGCAACAAUCAAGGCAAUGUACAUUCAAGCAAGGGUGCUGGUGGUGAGUGGGAUGGGAGAGAGCGAGAAAGGAGAAAAGAGAAAAGAGAAAAGAGAAAACUCAUCACUUGCCGGGGUCUGGCACCUCUUGUCGUUACCUAG